AUGGACCCUGGUGAAAACUGGAAGCUGGAUGAAACCAACUGGUUGUCUCAUGGUGGGAUCCAUCCCUUUGCCAGUGUGAAAGGAGACAAUGAGCUCUCCGAAGGUGCCCCAGCCCUCUUUGCUCUGGAUCAGCUGGGCUCCACAUCUGUUUGUUACAAGCCUACCAGCCCAGUGCAGGUACUGGAAGACACUGGCUUUCUUUACCAGGAUCACCAGUUGUUUGCUGGCAGGCAUGAAGUUUCUCCUCUAACAGCUGAAGCGAUCAGUGCCAAAGAAAAAGCUGCCGAGGAGGCCCUCUGCACCCUGCGCCCACCCAGCUUCCGCCGGGUCCCAGAGGCGGAGAUGCGAGGGGCGGAGGAGGUGGCAGCCGGCACCGUCCUGCAGCGCCUGAUCCAGGAGCGGCUGAGGUAUGGCAACCCCAGCGAGAACAUGAACCUGCUGGCCAUACAGCACCAGGCGACGGGCAGCGCCGGCCCCUCUAACAGCACUGCCAGCACUCUCUCUUCCGCAGAAAACCUCGUGCCCGAAGACCCGCCAAUGGUCCAGCCGUCGGGGCGGCAGGAACCGCAGGGGCAGGAGCACCAGGGGGACGGUGCUGCGAUGGAGAAGCAGCCCCGGGCCCCGCAGCCCCCGCACGGCACCGAGGAGCUCCCCACCUACGAGGAGGCCAAGGCCCAGUCUCAGUUUUUCCGAGGCCAGCCGCCGCCGCCGCCGGCCACCGCCGCCACGCCGGGUUUUUAUGGCGCAUCCGGCCAGAAGUCCAGGACAGAAGGGAGGCCGACGGUGAACCGGGCCAACAGCGGGCAGGCGCAUAAGGAUGAGGCGCUCAAGGAGCUGAAGCAGGGCCACGUCCGCUCGCUGAGCGAGAGGAUCAUGCAGCUCUCGCUGGAGAGGAACGGGGCCAAGCAGCACGCCCCGGCCCCGGGGAGCGGGAAGGGCUUCAAGGCGGCCCCGCCGCCCAGCAAGGCCACGGACCCACGGGGCCCACCGCCCGAGUACCCCUACAAAGGCAAGGCGGCGGCCCCCAGCAGCAAGGCGCAGGAGCACGGGCUCUUCUACGGCGAGCAGCCCGCGCAGGAUGUCCUCAAGGCCUCCUAUGCCGCCCCCCAGCCCGCCCGGGCAGAGGUGGCCCUCGUCCGCUACCAGCCACCCCCAGAGUACGGGGUCAGCAGCCGACAAUGCCAGCCGCCCUUCCCGCUGCCGCCGGCCCAGCAGCACAGCCCCAUGUCCUCACAGGCCACUGCCGCUGGUGGCCCCCUGCUCCCGGGCGCCUUGCCCCCGCUGCCGGCCCCUGCCGCUGCCCAGACGCCGACGCCGACGGGCCAGCAGCUGACGCCCGACGCCUUCGCCAUCGUGGAGCGGGCGCAGCAGAUGGUAGAGAUGCUCUCUGAGGAGAACCACGUGCUGCGGCAGGAGCUGGAGGGGUACUACGAGAAGGCGGACAAGCUGCAGAAGUUUGAAAUAGAAAUUCAGAGGAUUUCAGAAGCUUAUGAGGGCUUGGUCAAGACCACCACUAAGAGGGAGUCUCUGGACAAAGCGAUGAGAAACAAACUCGAAGGAGAAAUUAGGAGACUUCAUGACUUCAACAGGGAUCUCCGUGAACGACUGGAGACAGCCAAUAGGCAGCUAGCCAGCAGAGACUUCGAUGGGCAUGAGGAUAAGUCAACAGAGGGCCUUUAUGUCACUCAGAACAAAGAGCACUUGAAGGAGAAGGAGAAGUUGGAGAUGGAGCUGGCAGCUGUGCGCUCUGCCAAUGAGGACCAGCGGAGGCACAUCGAAAUCCUCGACCAGGCCCUAAACAACGCGCAAGCCAAGGUCAUCAAACUGGAAGAGGAGCUGCGCAGGAAGCAGGCCUAUGUGGAGAAGGUGGAGAAGCUGCAGCAGGCGCUGACGCAGCUGCAGGCAGCCUGCGAGAAGAGGGAGCAGAUGGAGCGGCGGCUGCGUACACGCCUGGAGCGGGAGCUGGACUCGCUGCGGAUGCAGCAGAGGCAGGGCAGCUACCAGGCGAGCAGCCUCCCGGAGCACAAUGCCCCAGCCCUGAUGGAACUGGUGCGGGAGAAGGAGGAGAGGAUCCUGGCCUUGGAAGCUGACAUGACCAAGUGGGAGCAGAAAUACCUGGAGGAGAGUACGAUCAGGCAUUUUGCCAUGAAUGCCGUGGCCACAGCUGCAACGGAGAGGGACGCCUCGGCCCCGAGCCACUCACGCAACGGCAGCUACGGCGAGAGCGCGCUGGAGGUGCGGGGCUGGCAGGAGGAGGAGGAGAUCGUGCAAGCCAACCGGCGCUGCCAGGACAUGGAGUACACAAUAAAGAAUCUCCAUGCCAAAAUAAUUGAGAAGGAUGCCAUGAUCAAGGUCCUUCAGCAACGGUCACGGAAGGACCCUGGGAAAGCCGACAGCGCCAGCCUGCGACCGGCUCGGUCCGUCCCCUCCAUCGCCGCUGCUACGGGUGUGCAUUCGCGCCAGACCUCACUCACCAGCAACCAGAUAGCUGAGGAGAAGAAGGAGGAGAAGAUCUGGAAGGGAAGCAUAGGGCUGCUCUUGGGGAAGGAGCACCAUGACCACCCAUCGGGCCCCUCACUGCCUCCUCCGCUGCCCUCCUUGUCCUGCAUGCCCGUCCCAGUGCCGGUGGCCUCCCACGCGAAGACAGGCAGCAAAGACAGCAGCACCCAGACGGACAAAAGCACUGAGCUCUUCUGGCCCGCCGCUGCCUCCUUCCCCGGCCGUGGACGGCUGGGUACCACCCCGUCACACAGCCCAGCCCCACGGCCCCCGGGGACACGAGUGGCUGGCGAGAAACUGGAGAACUCCAGCCAUGGGAAGCCACCCGACAGCAAAGGCAGAGUGAGCAGCUUGCUCCACAAGCCCGAGUUUCCAGAUACAGACAUGAUGGAAGUCCUCAUCUGAGCAGAGGAUGGCACCUCUGGGGUUUCGUGUGUGUACAGCCAGGUCCAAGAUGGUCCUCGGUGUGCCAACCUUAAAAACUAACCCUGAGAGUUCGAAGAAAGAUACAGAAAGUUUGUGUCCGAAACGAAGCUUGAGUCUGAUAUAUUGAGACUUUGGACCAGGCGAGAAGUCAAGAGUGCUGAAGAGGAGUGAUAAAUGAACGUCUGGGAUUUUCUGAGCAGAAAGGGGCAUUGAAAACGGAAGGUGGUGUGAGAAGGGGAUCGUUGAGGGAAAAGGAAAUUGCAUUUUCUGGUGUAAAGAGAAGGUAGCGAAGUCACAGACUGGGUGCACACUGCCGCUCUGUUUUCCUGCCUCUCUGCAGCCGGGACAGGGAGCAAAAUCCUGGCUCUUCUGAGGCCAGAGGGAGUUUCUGAAUAACCCAGAGAAUCUUGCAUCUUCCUCAGUAUCAAUUCAUUUCUCGAAAGUAUUCACUGCUUAAUUUCGGUGAAUAAUUGGUCCAUAGGUGUACACGGCAGGUUCUUGUAAGUAUUUGUUUGAAGUGGUGUGGUGUGGUUUUCCUGGGCAGGCAGGUCAGGUGCCUCUUUCCUGGCUGGACAAGUGUUGCUCUUGGAGCUGGAUUUACAGUGCAAAUAUUUGUGUCUUGCAACCUCAGAGCUUGCUGAGACUUCUUUUUUUGGUAGGAGCAGUUGUUGGCUGGAAUUCCCAUGGAGGAUGAACGUAGAGGGGGGAAGGAGGACCCUGUUGAAGCAAUCCCUUUUGUAACGAUGGGAAGGUUUCAGGAGGGAAAGUCGAGGAAGGAUCCUGGCAGCUCCCCGAAGGGCUGUGCACUACAGAGCUCGUUCAGAGUGGGGUUGCGUGGGUGUGUUUUCAGUGGAGUUAAGCUGGGUUUGCAUGUGAGAUCAGAAGAUGCCUCUUACUGUGCACUGGUUCAUAGCAGUGGAAGAAUCAGUGUGUUUGUGGUAAGAACAGGAUUUUUCCUUAUUUUCAAUGCCUACAGCCAGAUCCUGCCUUCCUUGAGCAUACAAACCUGCUGUUCAAGCUGACGUGGGACUGGGCAUUAAGCGGUGUAGGAUCAGGCCAGGAAGGGUUUAACUGCAAAGCAGUACAUGAGCACUAUCUCUUUUCUGUGCUGAGCUGCAGUUUCUUUUGACCUUGUUUUACCCGGGAUGGAACAUUUCUCAUUUUCAGCUUAGUCCCUGAUUUCUGUAAGAGGUGGCGACUGUCUGUAAGACAGCCAACUCGCCAGCUGUGUUAAUUGUGGCAUACCAUUUGGUUCGUGCAUUGCACGUGCUGAUACGGAAAUUUUCCUCUGUGAGGUAUUUUUGUAUUGGCUUUGCGGUUCCUGAACCUCGUGGUGCACUGUAAUGACAUUAAGAAGAACUUGGCUUUGGGAAAAAGUGUGAUAGGAUUUUAUGUGAACCUGCCUAGAGUGGAAAAGUGAUGGGUGCUGGAAGUAAUCGUGUGCUCAGGGCUGGCUCAAGGUCACGCCUUCCUGUAGGUAUCGAAUCGCAGCCCUUGAUUGUGAAAACACCAGGCACUUUAAACUCUGCUUUCGCUGAAAACUGAAGUCCUUGCACCCUCAAAGCCUUCAGGGGCCAGAGCCUUGCACUCAAUACUGCCUGGCUGAUGCUUUUUUUUUUAAAAACAAGAUUGCUAUGUUACAUCUAUGCACUUAUUUUAGCGUGUACAUAGAAUUAGACAUACGUCUGUGUCGCCCUCUUUCUGAUUUUUGCACUUGUUAAACGAAGUAGUGGUAGGUAGGUUGUGCGGGCAAGCGAACUGUGUGUUUUGAGUAUUAGCAGCUUUGCAUUGUGAAACCAAAUGUGUAAAACCCUUGGAAGAUGUUACGCAGCUUAAUAUAUGCCUUGUAAAUUUUUUUUUUUCUCUGAAGUUAAUUUAAACGUUUUAAGUGCUUGCAUAAAAGCCAGGCCCACGCGUGGCAUCAGCGCCGACCCACCUCUGCGGCCCUUCCUCAAGCGUCUGUGGCAGGAGCGGGGCAGGAGGAAGACAAAGCAAGCGAAUACAAGUAAAACAAUGGUGAAUAUUUCAUUUCAUCAUUUUUCUCCAAGAAAUAAGGAUACCCAGGUGCUUGGAAGUCCCUAAGCAUUUUAUUACCAGCUGUAUUAUUUCUUUUGAUGAAACUGUUUAAUAAGUUGUGUACAGGCAGACAGCUAGGCGUCCAGCAGAAACAGUGUUGGAUCAGCGUGUGUGAUGUGGCUUUCAGUUAUGUUUGGUAGUGGUUCAGCUCAGCUUCUCCAAGUCAGCUAGAAUACAGCACUCCGCCUCCUCCUCCUCAUGGAGACCACAGUCUCUCCAGUUUCUGGUAUCCAAAGGUAUGUUUACAGUUGGUGCUGCCCCAGAUUCAUGGUCAUGUACAGGAAACUGUUCGUUAGAGACUACAGUGUAGGCAACUCUUGUAGGCAACAGCUCAAAUAAACCCAAAGGUUCAUUCUCCUCAAUUGUGUUGAACUCAAGAGAUGUUCAUUUUUCUGGAGGGAAGGUCUGGAGGACCAGCGGGUCUCCCCCCAGCCCGAGCACUAGCAGCACUUGCGUGGAGUACUACCGCCGUAUGUCAGCCCCUCUCAGCAGAGCGGCACAACUCCAUUUGUGCUGGUUUUCCCAGCUCUUUGAACUGUUCUGUGUUUUGGGAAACUGUGCUGUAGCCAUUCCAGGUGAUGUUGGUAACUAGUUGUAAAAUACUGUCAUUUUUUAUUGUCGUUGGUUGUAUAGAGAAGUUGGUGUACAGUGUUGUACAGCUGGAGGGUUAUUUGUACAUAGGGGGGAAAAUGAAGAACGUUAUGUGUCGCCCACAGCAAAUAUUGAUAUUGUUGGUCAGCCAAAGAUUUCUUAUUCUUUGCUGUUUAAACUUGUGCCUUAAUAUUGUAUAUAAUAAAUGGAUAAACAUGUUUAUUUUCUCA